CAUCCCUCAGAAUGGGUGGAGUUUUUAAUGAACUUUAAAAGAAAGGUCCUGCUUAUUGGGAGUGCCAGCCAAACCCCUCCCAUUCAGUCUCUUCAGUACGCUUUUUCACACACAAACAUAUGCACACACACUCUCACACACAUCAAAAAACAGUUACACAUUCAGUCUUGCACGUCUGGACAGAAUGAUCAAUAAGGAGUCCCAAUCUUCUGACCACCUCACUGCAGCCUCACGCAGAGGGGUGAGAAUGGCAAAAGUGGCAGUAGCUUUGGCCGCCGCCUUUAUGCUGGCCAGCAUAGCGGUCAUCAUUUCUAUAGCAGUUGUACAAACUCAUAAGAAAACUUACAUAUCUCGUGGACUCAAGUACGGUAUUGUUUUGGAUGCAGGCUCAUCCAGGACUACCGUGUAUCUCUAUGAGUGGCCUGCCGAGAAAGAAAACAACACUGGGGUUGUAAGCCAGACAACAAAGUGUCAAGUUGAAGGCCCUGGAAUUUCAGAUUUCGGUGUAGACAAGGAGCAGGACAAAAAGACAUGGCAAAGUUUAAAACAUUGCAUGACAGUGAUGUCCAAGGCCAUUCCCUCCCAUCAGCAUAACUCCACCCCAGUCUUCCUUGGGGCAACAGCAGGGAUGAGGCUCCUACAUAUGAAAAAUGAAGAGACAUCCAACACUAUCUUGAACGACAUGAAGAACUACCUUAGCUCUCUUCCUUUCAAUUUCCAAAAUGCUUCCAUCAUCUCUGGACAGGAAGAAGGCCUUUAUGGUUGGAUCACCGUCAACUACCUGAUGGGGAACUUCCUAGAGAAAAAUCUUUGGAAUGCCUGGGUACAUCCUCAUGGGGCUAAGACAGUUGGUUCAUUGGACUUAGGCGGAGCCUCCACCCAGAUUGCCUUUGCUACUUCUGAUGAUGCCAAAGGAGAAGAUAUCAUUAAGGUUUCGCUCUAUGGCUAUGAAUAUAACAUCUACACACACAGUUUCCUCUGCUACGGCAAAAAUGAAGCUGAGAAAAGAGUUUUGGCAAAACUUUCAAAGCAAUCCACCAACUGGGCUAGUGUGACACACCCCUGUUAUCCUUCUGGCUAUAACAUCUCCAUGCUUGCAGAGGACAUUUUUGGAAGUGAAUGUACAAAAAAGGAUGUUCCUUUGAGGUAUAGCCCAAAGCGAAAUAUUACUUUCUUUGGACAGAGUAACCCUGAAAAGUGCAAAGCCUUGGUCAGGAGUGUCUUUGACCUGACGUCCUGCCAGGGAGCUGAAAACUGCUCCUUUGAUGGAGUUUAUCAGCCACCACUGAGUGGAGACUUCAUGGCCUAUGCAGGGUUCUACUGGACUGCUUGGGCUCUUAAUGUAGAGGGUUCCAAAAGUAUGGAGAUAUUCAACAUGAACAUGAAUCUGUUCUGCUCAAAGGACUGGAAAAAUCUCAAGCAAAACUACAACAUCAGAGACAUCCAUCUGAAGUCCUACUGCUACUCUGCAAAUUAUGUGCAUACCAUUCUUGCAGAUGGUUACAAGUUCAACACAGACAACUGGAAAAAUCUCAAUUUUCAGAAAGAGGUAAAUAAGACAAGCAUAGCUUGGUCCCUUGGCUACAUGCUUGCACUUUCCAACAUGAUCCCAGCCGAAGGGAAAAUCAUCAAGCUACCCAUAAACAACGUUCUUUUCACUGGACUCCUCCUCCUGUUCUCUUCUCUGACUAUUAUCACCCUCACAUGCCUCUUCAUUGCUCUGGUGCGCUUCUGUUAUUGAGGUUUUUGUACUGAGUUCCCAUCUAUACUGCACUGAGUUCUCAUCUGUAGGACUAGUGUUCCACUUAGGGAGGUUUGGAAACCAGGAAAGACGCUGAUGUGUCAAUGCAGAUGCACCUGCUAGAGAAGGAUUUUAAUUUUGGAACCUGAAGGUCUUGAAUGUCUAGCGGUGCUAUGGUUAAAAAAAAAGACACCUGAUGUGAACUCCAAAUGUGUUUAAAACCUGUAUUAAAUGUCAUUCUAUCCAAAAAGGGGUGCACAGGUCUUUCCCGUCCAGGAAUACAGUGGCAAGCUCUUGUACUGUGGAUUUGAAAAAAGACACUGAAGACAAAGUAAAGGUUUUAGCUUAUAUGCAGUAAAAAUAUCUACUAUGGUCAUGAUAAUGUUUUGAUUGUGUAUUGUAUCUAAUGUUUGUCUCAUCUCUAGCAUCAUGCCUUAUGUAUCUCAUACAUGUAUUUCUGCAUGUGCUCUUCAGUGCACAUUGUCUUUGGAUGAAAUGUCAUAGUAUCUAAAUAAAUGUUAUGGUUGAUAAUGA